AUCAUUAUGUGUUUUGGAAGAUGUGGACAGAAUUAUCAAGGAUCAAAAAAACGUUCUCGAGGAAAUAUAAUUUCGCAGAAUCAGAUGGGUUUUAGAUGAGGAAAUAGCUAGUUAUGUGAUUGGUAUAUAUUGCAAGGUAAUGAACGAAAAAGACUCCAUCAUGUAUGAAAUGGCAGAAAUUAGACCGAAUAAUUAAUUACAACCUGGUAAUUGGAUUGAGCUGUUACCUACUUCCGACAAUUUCUCCAAUCUAUUUGAAGGUCUACUUUAAGGAGUCGCAAAUACAACAAGAUGCAUGUGUGAUCUUGGCUAUAUUUUACGUCUCAAGAAAUCGACUAAAACAGGAUUGGUGGCAGGAAUAUGCCAAAAUUCAACAGAUUAAGGGAGCUCUUAACUGUCCAGAAGGGCUUAAAUAUGUGAAAAAAAUAAAAAUAGAAGAUUGGAGAUGCAAAAAUAUCCAUGUGGAUAAUUUUAUCUGGAAGCUUGGGGAGUCAAUGCCACGGAGUGUAAGUAUAAUUACAAGAACAAUUGAAGAGGAUGUGGAGUGUGAUUGUUGUAUUCUCGGCCAAAUUAUAGGGCUAUCGUAAAUUCCAGAAAUGCCACGCAGAUGACCAGCAAGUUCUAGUUGGCGGAUAAUAAUUAUCACACUAACGGGACUGGUGCUUCUUAACUCCUGGGAAAAAUAUCAAUAAUCGUAAGAAGGACAGCAUUCGGCACUUGACGAGAGCACAACAAAACAUCUUAACUAAAACAACAACCACACCAUCAAACACGC